CGAAUGUGGACAUCCCGAAUUCCUGAUACUAAUAAAAAGAUAAAAAGCUAAAGGAAAAAGAAAGAAAGAGAGAAAGACCAAAAAAAAAAGUUUUCAUUACAUCAUAAAAAUCAUCAUUCACAUCGAUCGAAUGUUGCAUUUGGUUAUCUCUCAUCAUCUUUUCUUUCUCCAUAAAUCACAUCUAAAGUAAAGCAUAUAGAGAACCAACAACCUCAAAGGCUUUUUUGUAGAAGAGAGAUGACAGAUACACGAGUGUUAGAGAGUUCGCCGGUACGAAACCUCACGGCAGCUAGAAACCAGAAUUGGUGGAAUAAAGUAAGCGGCGGUUUGAUGCCGCCGCAGCUGCCACCGUGUACCGCUAGUUAUCAUCUUCUUCCGAGCCUCUUGCCCAACUACUUUCCUUCUCCGACUUCUUCAUCGUCUUCUCUGCCUCCUAUUAGUAACCCUAACGUAUUUUCUUGGCUUCACAAUAAUGACGACCUGCCUCUUGACCAGCUUUGGAGCCACAGCAAACUACUCUUGGGUGGAUUGAUGAUGGGAGACGAAGAAAGAAUGGAGAUGAUGAACCAUCAUCAUCAUCAUCAUCAAAAUCAACAUCAUACUUACCAAGAGAAAAAGACAGAGAAUUGGGAAGAAGAAGUUUUGAGGCAUCAAGCUUCUAUUAAACAAGAGAUUAGCAAUAAUAAUGGCUAUAUGAUAAUCUCGUCACCGAAGUCGCCUCUAAACAAGUCUUGUGUUACUACAACAACAAUUCACAACUUCAAUGAAGACAGCAACAAGAACGAUAACAAUGGUCUUAAUUUUUCUAAGUGUAAUAGCUUAGAGAUUAGUGGGUCUUGUUUUGCAAAUAAGAAACCAAAGCUUCAAGUACCUUCUCUUCGGCCAUUAUCACAACCUAUUCUCAAGGUGAGUAAGGAGAAACUUGGAGGCAGAAUCGCAGCUCUUCAUCAGCUAGUAUCACCAUAUGGCAAGACUGACACAGCAUCUGUCUUAUCAGAGGCUAUUGGAUACAUUAGAUUCCUCCACAGUCAAGUUGAGGUUCUAAGUGUACCAUACUUUGUCACUCCGUCGAGAAAUAAUAUUAUGCACCAACAAGCACGAGGAGAUAUGAAUGGUUUAUUCCCUCAGGACCCUGGUCAGAAGUUUUCUAAAUUGGUGAUCAGCUUGUGAGUGAGUACUGCAUGAAAAGAUCAAACGGAGUUUCAUCAUCAUCUACGAACAAACCAAACCUUAACGAGGAAACUAAGAAAGAUUUGAAAAGCAGAGGACUGUGUCUUGUCCCAAUUUCAUGCACACUCCAAGUUGGCAGCUACAAUGGCACCGACUACUGGGCUCCGGCUUUCGGAAUCACGUUCCAGUAAAUCAUUUCAUUUUAUGCUGUUAGGUUUUGGUCAGCCAAAAAAUUAUAGAAGGAAAAUAGUAUAAUGUUAUAACGUAAUGAGCAACCAAUCUAUUGAGAAAAUUAAGAAGAAAAAAAAUUGAGUUUCCAAGAUUGAAAGCUCAUGAUGUUAUACUCACUUUAGAAACUCUAAGGUGGUUUCUGGCAAUUGGCUUUAGAAGAUUUACAGUUGAUGAGGUUGACGUGUAAGAGAUGGCCUUUUAGUACUCGAAGAUUUGUUAAUAUCCGGUGAUAGUGUGAAUUAUGUUUCUUUAUCAAUUUAGGAAACCUUGUAACCGUCUCUAAUGUACGUAAUAACUGAGAACUUACUGAAUAUUGCUAUAGUUUUA